UUGGUCAAACCAACAUGGCUACCACCUUGCAAUAACGUGAAUGUAAACAAGCGGCUCACCUCUGAAACGUUAAAUACCGAUAUAUCAUCUGAAAUUGAUCAGUAACUGUUAUUAAUGGCGCUCAGAGUGUGUGGUCGGUUCCUCAGAGACUCCGCCGUCCUCUCCAGACGGGUCGUCGUGUCCGCUCGACAGGAAAGUGCGUCAUGGCUCCUCACGGCGGGAAACGCUGCCUGCAGCCGAGGAGGGAGGAACGGAUUUAUCUUCACUCCUGCGUGUUUUAUUACAUCAGAGGCAUUUCUCAACAGACUGAUGAAAGACAAAGUAGCAGCAGAGGCAGACGGCAGCUUUUGUCACCCUCCAGCCUCAGUUCCAACGGACAGUGGUGAACACUUGUCGUUGUUGCUAAGAGAUCCAGAUCAGCCGGACAACUCAAAGGUUUUGAAAGUGGCCAUAAUAGGAGCCCCAAAUGCAGGGAAGUCCACACUGUCCAAUCAGCUCCUCGGCAGAAAGGUGUUUGCUGUGUCCAAGAAAGUGCACACUACACGGUCGCGUGCCCUUGGAGUCCUGACAGAGGAUGACACACAGAUUAUUUUACUGGACACACCUGGUCUCACCACUGCAUCAAAGGUCAAAAGACACCACCUGGAGAAGACUUUACUCGUGGAUCCCUGGAACACAGUCAAAGAAGCCGACCUAAUGGUCGUCUUGGUGGAUGUGGCAGACCGAUGGACGUGCAGCAGGCUUGACUUUGAGGUGCUCAAAUGCCUCGCCAUGCACCCUGACAUCCCUGCAGUCCUGGUCCUCAAUAAGGUGGACCUGGUUAAAGCUAAGGACAGACUGCUGGACAUCACAGGACAGUUGACCUGUGGAGUGGUGAAUGGACGCAGAAUGCGAGUCCGGCCGGUGAUCAAGCCUCCAUGGGCUGAAAAGAUGCCAGAGAGGGAUUCAGACUUAUCGCUUAACGACGAGGAGGAGAACGCGGGGCCCGAGGGCAGCGCUGAGCAGAACUCUGUGCUGAGCAAAGAGCAGCUGAAGGCGCUCAAGAGCCAGCGGGGCUGGCCUCACUUCAAGGAUGUCUUUAUGCUCUGCUCUGUGGACAGUGAGGAUGUGGAGACGCUGAAGAGCUACUUUCUGGUUGCGGCGAAGCCAGGAUCGUGGCAGUACCACAGUGAGGUCCUGACCGACCAGAGUCCAGAGGACGUCUGCCGCAACAUCAUCAGAGAGAAGCUUCUGGAGUAUCUGCCCCAGGAAGUGCCUUAUUCACUGACACAGUCGGUUGAACUCUGGCAAGACGGAGAAGAUGGUGAGCUGAAUAUUUCUGUGAAACUUCAUGCCAAGAAAGACACUCACAUGAGCAUGGUGAUCGGCACAGCCGGCCAGAUGGUAGCGCGGAUCGCCCGAGAGGCGGGUGAGGACCUGAGCGGCAUCUUUCUGAGGGAAGUAAAGCUGAAGCUCUCAGUCAAGCUGAGGAAGUGAAGAGGACAGAAGGACUUUAAUAGAGAUGAAGCAAACAGCGGAUCCUGCUGGAUGUUAGAUGACUCUAUUUGUAUGUUUCUCCGCAAAGGACAAGACCCAAAGA